GAGCUGGACUGAUAAGGAUACUUGAAAAGUGAGUCAUGCCCUCAUUAUGCGUGGCAAUGUUGAGGUCAAGCACUUCAAUAUAAAGAUGACAACAGCGAAAUAUUGCCACACACUUAUGACUUGAGUGAGGUUGUAGUUAAAUAAGGUGGUAAAGAUGUCAGAUAAGGCUUUGACGCUCGGUCAGCGCGUCCUAGUCGUCGGGAAAGACGUGAAAGGUUCCGUCGCUUAUGUUGGAUACCCGACUUUCGCUACUGGAAAGUGGAUAGGAGUCAUCUUGGACGAGGCGAAGGGGAAGAAUAAUGGCACUGUCAGGGGCCAUGCGUAUUUUACGUGCGAUGAAAACUACGGCGUAUUCGUCCGACAAACACAAAUUCAGCUGUUAGACAGUGGCGACAAUCCCAUGGAGACUUCUAUGACGUCCUCAGCGGAGGAGCCAAGGGAAUCCAAGGCUUCAGCACCUGGACGUAGACUUAGCAGUAUAACAAUGGCGCAGAGGUCUAGGCCAACCACGUAAGUAUUAGAACUUUAGGUAUUAGCACUCAAAUAGAGCUUGUGCACCUUUGUUUUUUUUAAAUGGAUCUGGUGUCGAUUCUGUAUUUUUUUUUUAACAAAUACUAAAUUUAGUUCAAAAAGCGUUUUUUAGUAAGUCAACUUUAUUCCUAAGAUAGUGGGUGUAGUAAUAACACACACACUUAUAACUCCGCACCCUAUAUCGCGGGUGCUAUGG